CAAACAUGGAUGCAUGAAGUAACUUAUAACUAGACCUUUAUAAUUUUUUGUUAUUUAUUCAUGUUUUUAUUUCUCGUUUUUAUUUUUGUUUAUAAUUUAAUAUCUGCAAGAAUUCGACUUUGUGUUUUAAAAUGACUUCAUUUAUAGAAAUAAACCAUGACAAAAUUGAGCUUCAAUUUCAACAAAAUGUUAAUACCAUCCCGAAAACAAGCCCUUCCAUAUCUUACAACGAAUUUUUUGAAAAAUUUUUAAUUCAAAAUAGACCUUGCAUCUUUGAUUGCGAAAUAACAGAAAGUUGGCCGAGCAGACGAAAUUGGAGCAAAAAUAAUGCGCCAAAUUUUGGAUGGUUGAAAGAGUGUUUUGGUGACUCUCAAGUUCCUAUCGCUGAUUGUAAUAAAAGGUAUUAUAAUGCUCAAUGUAAAAAUAACAUGUCAAUUAAAGCUUACAUUAACUACUGGGUUGACUAUCGCAAUCACAAUUACUCCAAUAAGAUGCAUCUGUUGUAUUUGAAAGACUGGCAUUGUAUUAAAUCUAAUUCAAACUUACAAAUUUACAAUGUACCUCAGUAUUUUGCUUCAGACUGGUUGAAUGAAUAUUACAUUGGUCAUCCAAAUUUAAAUGAUGAUUAUAUGUUUGUCUAUAUGGGACCGAAAGGAUCAUGGACCCCAUUUCAUGUUGAUGUCUUUACAUCAUACAGUUGGUCAGCUAAUGUUAUUGGAAAAAAACGCUGGUUAUUAUUUCCACCUGGACAAGAAAAUUAUCUUUGUGAUAAAAAUGGAGAUUUAUUAUACGAUAUUACUUCAGAAGAUUUGAAUAAUAAGCCCAAGUAUGAUGACAUGAACAAUGAAUUAUCAAACGGAAUUGAGAUAAUUCAGGAUACAGGUCAAAUAAUAUUUGUACCUUCAGGAUGGCACCAUCAAGUUUGGAAUUUGGAAGAUACAAUAUCAAUAAAUCAUAACUGGAUAAAUGGCUGUAAUAUAUUAAAUGUAUGGAAAUCAUUACACAAGGAAUUGACAGCAGUAAUGCAUGAAAUUGAAGAUUGUAAAGACAUGGAUGACUGGGCUAUGCAUUGCCAAACUAUGCUCAAAGCAACCUUUGGAAUGAAUUAUAUUCAGUUUUAUGAAUUAAUAUCUUUUAUUGCUGAAAAACGCAUUAACUCUGUGAUAAAUAAUGUGACUGUGAGGAGUUUUGAUGAAUGGUGCCUUGGAAAUAAUCAUUGUUUAUUUGAUCUUCGACAAAUAAGAAUAGUACUUAAAAAUUUGAUAGGCGAUGCUAAAGAAAAAAAGAUUGACACUUUACUUUGGAAGAAAAACGAAGCUGUCCAAUUAAUCGACAGAAUUAUAUAAAAGUUAAUAAAUAAAAUCAAUGUUAUUUAAAUAAAAUAUUAUUUUUCAAUAGUAAAUGUUA